AUGAGGUAUCGUGCAAUCACGAGUGCUUACUAUCGAGGAGCUGUUGGCGCUUUGCUAGUCUAUGAUGUUACCCGUCAUGUGACAUUUGAAAACGUGGAGAGAUGGCUGAAGGAGCUUCGGGAUCACACAGACGCCAAUAUUGUGAUCAUGCUCGUCGGAAACAAGGCAGACCUACGUCACUUGCGAGCUGUACCUAUUGAAGAUGCAAAGAUUUUCGCUGAGAGGGAGAACAACUUUUUCAUGGAAACGUCAGCUCUCGAGUCUUUGAAUGUUGACAAUGCCUUCACAGAAGUGCUGACUCAAAUCUAUCGUGUAGUAAGCAGGAAGGCUCUUGACAUAGGAGAUGACCCAGCAGCCUUGCCCAAGGGACAGACAAUUAAUAUUGGAACCAAGGAUGAUGUAUCAGCAGUGAAGAAAACUGGGUGUUGCUAUGGUUAA